AUGUCAGUCCUUGUGCUCGGAGCUGGCUCUUCGGUCUCCGUUCUCCUUCGACCUUCCUCUAUCAAUUCACCUGAUGUAACAAAGAUUGACCUAAUAGCCCAUGUCAAGGCUCUAGGUGUCUUUAUCGAAGCAGGCGAUAUCGUUAAUGACGCCACUCAGGAUCUUGCGGGUACCUUUUCUAGGUACGACACAGUCAUCAGCUGUACUGGCUUCGUAGGGCCAACAGGUACUCAACGACGGAUCUGUGAAGCUGCCCUACUCGCCAAAGUACGGCGUUUUAUUCCCUGGCAAUUCGGUGUGGACUACGAUGUUAUCGGACGAGGAAGUUCGCAAGUACUUUUUGAUGAGCAGCUUGAUGUCAGGGAUAUGCUGAGGGCGCAGAGAGAUGUGGACUGGAUCGUUGUCAGCACGGGUCUUUUCAUGAGCUUCCUUUUUGUGAAGGAUUUCGGCGUGGUGGACUUCGAAGAGAAGAAGCUGCGGGCUCUAGGUGGAUGGGACAUUGAAGUAACGCUCACCACACCAGAGGAUAUUGCCCAUAUGACAGCAGAAGUUGUCUACAAUCCUCGUGGAAUCCCUGGAGAUAACCGGAAUGUGGUAUAUAUCUCUGGCGAUACGGUCUCAUAUGGCCGCGCUGCGGACUUGAUCGAACGGAAGUUCCCAGACGUCAAGUUCACAAAGGAAGUAUGGGAAAUGAAGUCUUUAAAGGAGAAUCUCGAAAGGAACCCCAACGAUAGUUGGAACAAAUAUCGCGGAAUCUUUGGCGCAGGCAAGGGUAUCUCAUGGGCGGACGAAGAAACUUUGAAUUUUGAGCGUGGCAUCAAGCUUAAAGAUCUGGAGACUUUUCUUCAAAACAUAGAGACUCCAGCUGCGCUGAACAAGUAG